AUGGAGCCCCUGAUGCGAAAAGCAGAACAUCCGAGAAUAGUGACCGUUGCUAGUCAAGCCGGUCUAUUAAAAACAUUGAGAACAGAAGAAUUGAGAGAUCAGUUUGAAAACAAGGACGGUAGUCUCACGGUAGAGAAGCUCGGCCAGGCCAUGGAAAAUUACGUCACCGAAGCGGAGGCCAAAG